CUGCUCAUGCCUGUACUUCAAAUGCCAAUGCCUGUACUUCAGAUGCCAAUGCCUGUACUUCAAAUACUAAUGCCUGUAAUGCAGAAGCUUAUGCCUGUACUUCAGAUGCUUAUGCCUGUACUACAGAAGCUAAUUACUAUGUUGAUGCCUGUACUUUAGAUGCUUAUGCCUGUACUUCAGAUACUUAUGCAUGUACUACAGAAGCUAAUUACUGUACUUCAGAUGAUAAUGUCUAUUCUUUAAUUGCUAGUGCAUGUACUUCAGAUGCCAAUGCAUGUACUACAGAAGCUAAUUCGUGUACUUCAGAUGUUGAUGCCUGUUCUUUAGAUGCUUAUGCCUGUACUACAGAAGCUAAUUACUGUACUUCAGAUGAUAAUGUCUGUACUUUAAAUGCUAGUGCCUGUACUUCAGAUGCCAAUGCAUGUACUUCAGAAGCUAAUUCGUGUACUUCAGAUGUUGAUGCCUGUUCUUUCGAUGCUUAUGCCUGUACUUCAGAUACUUAUGCAUGUACUACAGAAGCUAAUUCGUGUACUUCAGAUGUUGAUGCCUGUUCUUUAGAUGCUUAUGCCUGUACUACAGAAGCUAAUUACUGUACUUCAGAUGAUACUGUCUAUUCUUUAAAUGCUAGUACCUGUACUUCAGAUGCCAAUGCAUGUACUUCAGAAGCUAAUUCGUGUACUUCAGAUGAUAAUGUCUGUACUUUAAUUGCUAGUGCCUGUACUUCAGAUGCCAAUGCAUGUACUUCAGAAGCUAAUUCCUGUACUUCAGAUGUUGAUGCCUGUUCUUUAGAUGCUUAUGCCUGUACUACAGAAGCUAAUUACUGUACUUCAGAUGAUAAUGUCUGUACUUUAAAUGCUAGUGCCUGUACUUCAAAUGCCAAUGCAUGUACUUCAAAUGCCAAUGCCUGUACUUCAGAUGCCAAUGCCUGUACUUCAGAUACUAAUGCCUGUAAUGCAGAAGCUUAUGCCUGUACUUCAGAUACUUAUGCUUGUACUUCAGAAGCUUAUUACAAUUUCGAUUAUUUGAAAGAAAGAUACAGAGUGAUAAGUGCUGACGGUUAUGGAGAGUUAUCUAUGGAAGAAGAUUAUGGAAGGUUUGAGUUUCAGAUCAAAGGCACAGACUGGCUAGAAAUCAAAUAA